AUGAAUUCAUAAGUAACUCUCAUUCCAUUAACUGAAAACAGAAUAGCCUAGGAUUACAAAAUGAUCCAAAAAAAUGAAGCCUAUUUGGAAAGCUUUGGAGAAGGCUAUCCCAACAUUAAAAAUACAAAUGAUUAUUUUCUAUAUCUUCUCAGAAUCUAUGGUGAUUUCUAAAAUCUUGAACUCAAAAGAUUUACUAUAUGCUAUGACAAUACACACUGUGGUUAAAUUGGCUUACACUCUUUCUGUAUUGAAAAUUUCACAUGCUAAGCCGAAAUAUUUUAUUGGGUCGAUGAAUAAUUUUAAGGCAAAGGAAUCGUUACAAAAGCCUGCUAAUCACUCUUAAAACAUGCCUUCGAAGUUCUUGGAUUAGAUCUUCUAAUAAUACAUUGUUUAGUAGAAAAUGUGAAAAGUGCAAAUGUUGCUCUAAGAUGUGGAUUUACAUAUGAAGGUAUCUCUAAUUUAGACAAUACCUAAUAUAAGAAGUUUAUCAAAACUGUAGAACAAUAUAGAAUAGAAUAAAAAAAAUGA